AUGACGUAUGAGCUAUCUGUGCAUCGUGCUGUGUUACAGCAGCACUGCUCCGUGUGGGAGCUGACGGUGCUGAUCCUCCAGGAUCCUCCAGGACUGCUGUGCUCUUUUCCAGUGAAACGCGACGUCCAGGAGAACGAUGAGGAGGCAGUGCAGGUCAAGGAGCAGAGCAUCCUGGAGCUGGGGUCACUGCUGGCCAAGACGGGGCAGGCAGAAGAGCUGGGGGGGCUCCUGAAAUACGUGCGGCCGUUCCUGAACUCCAUCAGCAAGGCCAAGGCUGCCCGCCUGGUGCGCUCCCUGCUCGACCUGUUCCUCGACAUGGAGGCGGCCACGGGCCAGGAGGUCGAUCUGUGCUUGGAGUGCAUCGAGUGGGCCAAGUCUGAGAAGAGGACCUUCCUCCGCCAGGCUCUGGAGGCCCGGCUGGUCUCGCUGUACUUCGACACCAAGCGGUACCAGGAGGCGCUGCAGCUCGGCUCCCAGCUGCUCCGGGAGCUGAAGAAGAUGGACGACAAAGCGCUGCUGGUGGAGGUGCAGCUGCUGGAGAGCAAAACGUACCACGCGCUCAGCAACCUGCCCAAGGCGCGGGCUGCGCUCACCUCCGCGCGCACCACGGCCAACGCCAUCUAUUGCCCCCCCAAGCUGCAGGCUGCCCUGGACAUGCAGUCAGGGAUCAUCCACGCGGCGGAGGAGAAGGACUGGAAAACGGCCUACUCCUAUUUCUAUGAGGCGUUUGAGGGCUACGAUUCCAUCGACAACCCCAAAGCCAUCACGGCCCUCAAGUACAUGCUGCUCUGCAAGAUCAUGCUCAACGCCCCUGAGGACGUGCAGGCGCUGGUGAGCGGCAAGCUGGCGCUGCGCUACGCAGGGAGGCAGACAGAGGCACUGAAGUGUGUGGCGCAGGCCAGCAAGAAUCGCUCGCUGGCGGACUUUGAGAAGGCGCUGACGGAUUACAAAGUGGAGCUCCGGGACGACCCCAUCAUUAACACUCACUUGGCAAAGCUGUACGAUAACUUAUUGGAGCAGAACCUGAUCAGAGUCAUCGAGCCCUUCUCCCGAGUGCAGAUGGAGCACAUCUCCGGCCUCAUCAAGCUCUCCAAGGCGGACGUGGAAAGGAAACUCUCACAGAUGAUCCUGGACAAGAAGUUCCAUGGGAUCCUCGACCAGGGCGAGGGCGUCCUCAUCAUCUUCGACGAACCCCCCGUGGACAAAACCUACGAAGCCGCCCUGGAGACGAUUCAGAACAUGAGCAAAGUGGUGGAUUCGCUCUACAACAAAGCCAAGAAGCUGACAUAGAGCCGGCCCUGCGCUGCCGUGUGUGUGUGUGACGGGAGAGUGAAUCCUUUAGGAGACGUUUUGUUCCACUUUUCGCUCGGAAAGUUUUUAAUCCUCCCCUCCCGGUGCUGUUCCUGCGGUG